ACCUACGUCUCCUAAUCACACACCAGACAUUAUCAAAUGCUGUCAUUAGCAAUCAAAGCUGGGGAAUUCGAUCUGUACUUUGACUUUUCCGCAAUCCACGAUACUCACAAAGUUUGGGGUUGCCAUUGCUGUCGCCCUUGCAUCUCGACCUCGUCUUUUGUCCGACUGCACUUCUUGCCCUUUCGGGCUCUUGUGCGCCCAAAGUCGAACGCGGAGCAGACGCAGCCGAAUUCUGGUGGACCGAGUUCGUUAGAACCAAGGGUUACGAGCUUCCCCCCCUCCCAUUUAAAUACGGAUCCUCCACCUCGAACCUCCCAACCCACCAACCGCCAUCCCCGAGAGCCUUUUACUGUAAUCGAGGAGGAAUUCAGUCCUGCACCGCUUGCAGUUUCGAGCUUCGUUACGUGAAUCGUCUUACCGGUGGUGGCUUGCCUUGAAUGGCUCGUAGCGUGA